AUUGACUGACAUUAAAUACGGUCUCAAUUAACUAAUUAAUAAAAAAAAUUUCUUAAUUAUUAUAAUACUUUUACUUGUGAUAAUUAAGUUUUGAGUCUUUUUAUCCACCAUUACCAAGUCUUUUCAUAGGCCUCCAAUUAAUAAAAUAAUAAUAAUAAUAAUUAACCACUAAAAUGAUUUAUCAUUUUCAAAAGAAGAAAAAAAGAAAAACCCUACUCAUAGUGAAUGCUCAAUCCUAUAAAUACGAAUCUCCAUUAUGUAAACGCAAGUCGGCCGCUUCUCCAUUUUAUCAUUUGUCUAUAGAAUUGAGCCCGUCUCGCCUGCAAGUCAAGCCUUAGACAAUGGAAGGCACAAAGCUGAGCUUGAAGCUUUUGAUUGACAAGAAAGCAGACAGAGUUAUUUUUGCAGAAGCAGGAAAGGACUUUGUCGAUUUUCUCUUCAGCCUUCUUUCUUUGCCUGUUGGUACUGUUAUUAAGCUUCUAACAAAUGCAAAAAUGGUUGGUUGCAUAGGGAAUCUUUACGAGAGCCUUGAAAACCUGAAUGAUGCUUACAUGCAACCCAAUCAAAAUAAAGAUUCAGUAUUAAAUCCCCUUGUACCAAAACCUGCCACUGGUGUUCCUCUCUUGCUGACUGGUGCUGAUCUACAGCCUACAAAAAGAAAAUUGUACAAUUGUCCCAAUAAUCAUCGCUGUGUGACAGACCGGAUAAAUGCCAGAUGUUCUUAUUGCACACAUAACAUGUCUCAGGAAGUUCAGUUUACUGGUAUGAACAAUCCAACAGCUAAUAAAACUAGUGAGGGAGGAUACGUGAAAGGGUUGGUUACAUAUAUAGUGGCUGAUGAUCUUUCAGUAUCAACAAUGUCGAUUAUUUCUGGUGUUUCUAUGUUAAAGAGAUUUAAGGUUAAGGAUUUUGGUUCCCUUGAAGAAAAAUUGGUUGAGUUUGGGAUUGAUGAGGGUCUGGAAUUGUUGAAGGCUUCUUUGCAGUCAAAGGCUGCUCUUACCAGUGUCUUCCUUGAGAAACAGGAUGUGAAAUAUCAUGGUGCAGCAUCAAACCUAGGGUUUCGAGCUCAGUUGCCUAAGCAUCCCACCAUCGUAUGCUUUUCUAAGAGCUUGAUGACUGUUCCUAAAGCUACUUCAUUUAAAAAACUCUUCAAAAUUCGCCCUAAAUCUGAAUGGUGGUGAAGAAAUUAUAACUCCAAAGUGAGAUUGAAGCUUCUGAUUGACAAGAAAGGUCAGAAAGUCCUUUUUGCUGAGGCAAAUAAGGACUUUGUGGACUUCCUAUUUAGCCUCAUGUCAUUGCCAUUAGGAAAUAUGAUUAGGCUGUUAACAAAGAAUAAGAUGGUGGGUUGCCUAGGCAACCUUUAUGACAGCGUUGAAGCUCUGAGUGACGCUUACUUUCGAGCAACCGAUAUCAAGGAAUCCAUUUUGAAGCCAAAUUCUCAUAUGCAACCCAAUGUUGAAACUCCACUCUUGUUGCCCAGUAGUGAACUUCCUGAUCAAAAGCUAUAUUGCUGUUCAAAGGGAUUUGUGAAAGGUGUGGUGACAUACAUGAUUAUGGAUGAUUUGGAGGUGAAACCCAUGUCCACAAUCUCUAGUAUUACUCUAAUCAACACUUUCAAUAUUGGGCAUUUGGGUUCACUUGAAGAGAAAGUGGUUGAUAUUGGAGUAGAUGACGGAUCGAAGAUUCUUCGAGUUUCUUUGCAGGCCACGAAUGUUCUGACAAGGGUUUUCCUCGAGCAGGCUUAA